AUGAUGUGGUUCACGAUCGAAUUCAUUGGUUAUGUCCAAGAUACCAUACAUUCGAGUGGUGAAGAAUUCAUGGCAGAAGGUUCUCCUAUCAAUCAAAAUAAAAAUGAUGAUAAUGAUGUUGUCAAUAUGGAUGUCAAUGGACUGAACAAAGAAGAGAAACAAAAUUCUCAUAUGGAUAGUGGUAUUAGACCUAAAUCAGACGACAAUCAUGACAAAUCGCCACAUACACACUAA